AUGAUCGGUGACUUCGGUCUGAGUCGUGCCGAUGGCUCGCACUUCACCUGUGGUCGAAUAUCAACGCGAUGGACGGCGCCGGAGGUGUUGGAGAGUGAGGCAAACUUUACACUGCGCUCGGAUGUGUGGUCCUUUGGUGUGGUGGUGUGGGAGAUCUACAGUCUCGGCAGUCUGCCCUACAGUGAGGUGCCAAAUCAAGAGUUGCUGACUUACCUUCGUAGUGGUCGUCGAUUGGAUCCACCAUGUGACACGCCAAAGAGGAUGGUCAGUCUCAUGGAUGAGUGUUGGCAGAUGUCGGCUUCACUUCGUCCAUCGUUCGCGGAAAUCGAUUCCUACAUGCAUGGAUUCCCCAUGCAUACACUUCCCCUUAUGUCGCCUCUUCUGCCCGCGAAACAUGUUUCCUCCGUUUUUUGA